CUAUAAAAACAUUGGAUCUUGAACACUUAAGAACCUCUUGAAUCUUACCAAGUUUUCAAGAAAGUAAAACCUAAAGAAAAGUGAAUACACAGAAGAAUAUGAGUUACUAUCAGUACGGGAGAAGAAACAACUCAAUCUUUGAUUCGUUCACUCUAAAUCCAGUACCAUAUCCAGUUCUUCUAAUCUUUGCAGUGAUCUCACUCUUUCUUGGGAUUUCUUGGUACUUUAGCUAUGAAGAAAUGGUGGAGAGUGCCGAGGAGCAAAUGAACUGGCUGCUUUUGAUCGUACCAUUAGUUCUACUCUUUGCUGUUCGUUGGCUAUCUUCUAUGGAAAAUCCUGAUCUGCUCUUUGCGAAAUCUCCGUGGGAUUGGAAGCGCGGGACCCACCACCGUCCUGCUCCGGAGGGAUCCUCGCCGUGGGGCGUGGCGGCUUUGAUUGUGUUGCUUCUUGUUUUGGUGCAGUUUCAGUCUGCUUUUCUUGAUAGCUGGUUUUGAUAUUAUGGUGAAGAGUGAAAAUUAGCUAGCUAAUUUGUGUUUAUUAUGUGUAUGAUAUAGAUAGAUGAAUUAUGGACUUUAUAGGGGUGCUACGUAUGCACUUAUACCAUCGGCGAGGCACGGUGAGUGGCGGUUCCCUAGUCAUCGGGCGUUCCUUAUCCCCCUGCUUCGAAUAUCGAAUAUUUGUUAUUUUAUACUAUAUUUUUCUCUUUACUUUUCUA